ACUUUUCCUACUAUCGUGCUUUGUUGAUGCCAGAGCCUAACAGUGAACAAGAAGAAUUCCCUUGGAAAGGCCUUGUUUUCAUUUCCUUAGUGAAGAUAACACGAUUACAAGUAAUUUAAAGCAAUUAUCGCUGUCGAUUAGCUUAGUUUCCGUCCUAAAGGAGUGCAAGAGUUGAUUUCGUCGUCAGCUAUUGCUUGUUUCUUCCUUAUCAAGCUUUCUCUCUUGAGUUCUAUUUGCAAUUUCUAUUUUUGCAGCUCUUCAUGCUUUGCGUGAAGUUCUCUGAUCUGUCGUAUUACUAAUUAGAAGAUCAGAACGCUGUACUCUUUGUACUUCUCUUAUGUUUUAGUUGGAGUAAAACGAGUGGUUUCUCUCCUUCUUCUCUUCCUUUUCGAAUCUCUUUUGUUUUGCAUGCCGUUAGACUAAGUGAAAUUGUAUAUAUAUUUUAAUUACUAACUGUACCGAGGGUCUCUUGUUUCCCGCCCUCCUGUUUAUACCAUCUUUAUCUUCUAUUGGCAUUCAUUCCUUUUCGAUUAUAGUCUGUCUUACCUAACUUAGGAAAUCCUUUUGUUUUGUCUGCCAAAAUAAUUUAUAUUAUUUCGACUGACAGUAUUGUUAACUAAUAAGUUUCGUUAAUUUUUCGUUGAACAUCAUGCGUCCUCGUCAAAAAUUCCGUAGAUUUCAUCCCGACCGUUGGACUAAAGUCAGCCUUCGAAGCAUCGGCGGAGGCGUCCGAGCCUUGAACGGUGUAAAGGCGUUAAACGGAGUGAAUGUCCGUGUUUCACUACAAUGGAAGCGUCUUUCAAAUCGUCUUCAUCGCAUUCGUAGAAGAAGCCGAUUGGGUCGUCUUUCUAUAAAUGUUCGACCAAAUGGCUCUUGGCAAGCUUACUUUUUGAGUUCUCUUCCCUUGAGAAGUUUGUCGCGUAUUUGGGGUCAAUUUAAUCGCGCUAAUUUACCUACUUUUUUACGGUAUCCAGGAUUCAAGUUAUAUUCUUGGAUUUUUCGCUGCAACCUGGAUGAAUUAAAAGAUCCAGAUCUAAGCCAUUAUCGUAAUUUUCAAGAUUUCUUUUGCCGUGAGUUGCGCCCAGAAGCUCGUCCGGUCGAUCCCGAUUCUUCGGUUGUUUCACCUGUAGAUGGAAGAAUAGUUUGCCAGGGUGUUGUUGACAACAAUUACAUACAGCACGUUAAGGGUCUUUCAUAUUCCCUAGAAGCUCUCUUGGGCGGCGUUUCUACCGUUGAUCCCGCUAUUGUAGAUUUUGGACAAGAUGUAACUACCAAUCUGGUUAAGAAGCAUAACGAGUUUGCUUCAAAAUAUUCCAUCCCUCCUUCCUAUGAUGGAUGUAGUCACUUUCCGCGAAAUGGAAAUGGAUCGUCAGCUAGGGAUCCUUUGGCAUAUUGCGACAUGCAAAGCCAAAACGGAAAUUGUAACCAAGCCAAUUCCGUAUAUGCUCCUUAUUAUGACAACUGUUGUCCUUUCUAUGCAUUUCAGGAUAUGACUAGCGAUACAAACUCGGAUGCAUCAGAUAUGAGUACUGACAGUUACUAUACUUCGGUUAUGGAGGGCGAGUCCGAUUCUGAUUUAGACAACCCAGUCAGUGAGACUCAUCCAAUGUUAGAUGACGGAAUGCCAAACUGGGAUGUCUGGGUUCAAGAAGCUGACGUUGUUGACAUUGACUCUUUACCUUGGAGAAAUAUUCAACCUAACAAUCUUCUUUUUUAUUCUGUUAUUUAUUUAGCUCCCGGCGAUUAUCAUCGUUUUCACUCGCCUGCUGAUUGGGUGAUCGAGUCAAGAAGACACUUCUCCGGUGAGCUGUUCAGUGUAUCUCCUUUUUUAGCGAGACGAUUGCAUAAUUUAUUUGUUUUGAAUGAACGAGUUGCAUUGCUUGGUCGAUACAAGCAUGGGUUUAUGAGCAUGAUUCCAGUGGGUGCUACAAACGUUGGAAGCAUAGUAAUUGACUGUGACCCUACUUUGUCAACGAACAGAAUGGUAUUACGGAAGAAAUCGUUAGGCUCUUUUCAGGAAGUAGCGUACAGUGAUGCAUCGCCUGUUUUGAAUGGAGUGCCGAUAAAUCGAGGCGAACAGCUCGGUAGAUUUCAGCUAGGCAGUACUGUUGUGCUUGUCUUUGAAGCACCUGCUGAUUUCAAAUUUUCCACCCACCAAGGUCAAUACGUGCGCGUCGGGGAGGGUCUUUGAAUAAUCUAACCUCACUCAUUGGAAAAGGUUAAUAAUGAUUACGAAUUGCUUAUAAGAUUCUUGGUUUUUGAUGAUUUAUUGGUUAAAGUGAAGUAUAGAACUUUUGUUUCUUGUAAACAUGUUAACGUUUAAUAAUAUUGAUAAUAUUUCCGUUCCUUCAUGUA